AAUUCAUCGGUCCUCUCACGGCGAGGGUGUAGUACCGGAAAACAACCAUGGAGUGGAAAAUUCUACCCAUUUGCUUGUUGCUGCUACUUUCUGUUUUCUUGAUUCAGCAAGUUUCAUCUCAAGAUGUACCAAGCUGUGCAGGGAGAUGUGGGGAAGGGUAUUCUAGAGAUGCCAUCUGCAACUGUGAUUAUAACUGUCAACACUACAUGGAGUGCUGCCCUGACUUCAAGAAAGUCUGCACCGUAGAGCUCUCCUGUAAAGGUCGCUGCUUCGAGUCCUUCGCACGUGGGAGGGAGUGUGACUGUGACGCCCAGUGUAAGAAGUUUGGCAAGUGCUGUUCCGACUACGAGACUUUCUGUGAAGAAGUGCACAAUCCCAAAUCAACACCACCUUCAAAGACUACACCUCCGCCUCCAGAAGCAUCUCAAACCAUCAAAUCAACCUCCAAACGUUCACCCAAAUCACCAAAAAAGAAGACUAAGAAAGUUAUAGAAUCAGAGGAAAUAACCGAAGAACAUUCUGUUUCUGAAAAUCAAGAGUCCUCCUCCUCCUCUUCCUCUUCCUCUUCAACUAUUCGGAAAAUCAAGUCUUCCAAAAAUUCAGCUGCUAAUAACGAAUUACAGAAGAAACCCAAAGCAAAAGAUGAUAAGAAAAAAACACCUAAAAAGGAACCUGCAAAGGAACCACCGGUUGUGGAUGAUGCUGGAAGUGGACUGGACAAUGGCGAUCCCAAACUCACCCCAACUCCGGCCACUCCUACCACUCAAAGCAAUAAAGUCACCACAUCUCCCAAGACUACAACAAUAAAGCCAGAAAGUCCUAAACCCAGUCUUCCCCCUAACGCUGAUACAUCCAAAAAGGCAUCUUCCACAGCCAAUAAGGAGACAACAGUUGAAACUAAAGAGACCACUGUCACAAACAAACAGACUUCCACCAGUGAAAAACAGAAGACUACUUCAGCUAAGGAGAUUCGAAGUGCAGAGAAAACAUCUGCUAAAGAUUCGGCACCUACCCCUGAGGUUCCUGCUAAACCUACACCAAAAGCCGAAACUACAACCAAAGCUCCUGCUCUGACCACCCCCAAGGAGCCUGCGCCCACCACCCCCAAGAAGCCUGCACCCACCACCCCCAAGGCACCUGAGCCCACCACCCCCAAGGCGCCUGAGCCCACAACCCCCAAGGAGCCUGCGCCCACCACCCCCAAGGUGCCUGAGCCCACCACCCCCAAGGAGCCUGAGCCCACCACGCCCAAGGGGCCUGAGCCCACCACCCCCAAGGAGCCUGCGCCCACCACCCCCAAGGCGCCUGAGCCCACCACCCCCAAGGCGCCUGAGCCCACCACCCCCAAGAAGCCUGCACCCACCACCCCCAAGGAGCCUGCGCCCACCACCCCCAAGGAGCCUGCGCCCACCACCCCCAAGGAGCCUGCGCCCACCACCCCCAAGGCGCCUGAGCCCACCACGCCCAAGGAGCCUGCGCCCACCACCCCCAAGGAGCCUGCGCCCACCACCCCCAAGACGCCUGAGCCCACCACGCCCAAGGAGCCUGCGCCCACCACCCCCAAGGCCCCUGAGCCCACCACGCCCAAGGAGCCUGCGCCCACCACCCCCAAGGAGCCUGCACCAACUACCCCCAAGAAGCCUGAGCCCACCACCCCUAAGGAGCCUGAGCCCAUCACCCCUAAGGAGCCUGCACCCACUACCCCCAAGGAGCCUGAGCCCACCACCCCUAAGGAUCCUGCACCCACCACCCCUAAGGAGCCUGUUCCCACUACCACCAAGGAAAAAGCUCCUACCACUCCUAAAGAAGCAGUACCUGCCACCCCCCAGAAACCUGCUCCUUCUACUCCUAAGACACAGGCUCCAACUACCACCAUGGAGCCUCCUACUACUCCUGAGAUCCCUGCUGAAGCAACUCCUGGGUUUUCUGCAGGACCCACACCAAAAGCUCCUGACAGCAGUCCCAAGGAGCCCACUGUACCAACAAUCAAGACUCCUGAAGUGACUACACCCCAAAUGACAACUGCUGCACCUAAGAUUACAACAAAACAGACAACAACCACAGAAGAAAAAACAACUGAAUCCAAAAUACCAAGUAACACCAUGCAAGUGACACCCACAACUGAAGAUUCGCCAUUCAAAACUACUACUCUUAAAACAACGCUUGCACCCAAAGUAACCACAACAAAAAAGACAGAGACAACUGAAGAGAGUAUGAAUGAAUCUGAAGAGACUCCUGCACCAGAAGAUUCAGCUACUGAUUCUAAAGCAACACCACCAAAACCCAAGAAGCCAAUCAAAGCACCCAAGAAGCCCACUUCUACCAAAAAGCCAACCAAAGCACCCAAAAAAUCCACUUCUACCAAAAAGCCAAGCACACCUAAAGUGAAAAAACCAAAAGCUACACCAACUCCCCCAAAGACACCUGAAUUGAACCCUACCUCUCCAGCAGAAGCUGUGCUCCAAACCACCACCAGCCCUAAACAAACUCCAAACUCAGAACUAGUUGAAGUGAAUUCAAAUAAUGAAGAUGCAGAAGGCCUCGGAAGAGAAAACCCACACAUGAUCCCCAGGCGCCCUGUGCUAACUCCGAUAGUUAUCCCAGGCCUUGAUCACCUAGUGAGAGGCCCCAGUCAAGGCAUCAGCUCCCACUCCCUACUUUCAGAUGAGACCAAUUUAUGCAAUGGCAGACCAGUAGAUGGACUAACUACUUUGCGCAAUGGGACAUUAGUUGCAUUUCGAGGUCAUUAUUUCUGGAUGCUAAAUCCAUUCACUCCACCAUCUCCACCUCGAAGAAUUACUGAAGUAUGGGGCAUUCCUUCACCCAUUGAUACUGUUUUUACUAGAUGCAACUGUGAAGGGAAAACUUUCUUCUUUAAGGAUUCUCAGUACUGGCGUUUCACCAAUGAUAUGAAAGAUGCAGGGUACCCUAAACAAAUUGUAAAAGGAUUCGGAGGAUUGACUGGCAAAAUAGUGGCAGCUCUUUCAGUAGCUAAAUAUCAGGACAGGCCUGAAUCCGUGUAUUUUUUCAAGAGAGGUGGCAACGUUCAGCAGUAUGUUUAUAAACAGGAACCUGCCAGAAAGUGCCCUGGAAGAAGGCCUGCUAUAAAUUAUUCGGUGUAUGGAGAAGCAGCACAGGUUAGGAGACGUCGUUUUGAACGGGCUAUAGGACCUUCUCAAACACACACCUUCAGAAUUCAUUACACACCCGUCAGAGUUGCUUAUCAAGACAAAGGUUUCCUCCACAAUGAAGUUAAAGUGAGUUCGAUGUGGAGAGGAUUUCCAAGUGUGGUUACCUCAGCUAUCACGCUGCCCAACGUAAGACGACCUGACGGAUAUGACUACUAUGCCUUUUCCAAGGAUCAAUACUAUAACGUCGAUGUGCCCAGUAGAACAGCAAGAGCAGUCACUACUCGUUCUGGGCAGACCCUCUCCAAAGUCUGGUACAAAUGUCCUUAGACUCACAGGCAAAGGAAGACCCAUCUAAUUAAAAUGAAGAAAAGGAUGAUCAAUUUUGACAUUGAAAUACAUUUUAUUAAUAAAGAGUAUUGAGAUGA